AUGGUGUCCACGUUCUUCAUCUUCAUCAUCAUCAUCAUCUUCAUCAUCACCACUGCUCUAGGUUCUGCUCUGCUCAGGUACAGUGUUUCGGUCAGGACGCUCAGUGCCCACGCUCCUCUCAGCUCAGGGUUCGAUUCCGUGGUGAUCCAAAGGGCCGUACGGAUCAACAGACUGGUGUACAGUCACUCGGUGCUGCUCAACACGCCGGCGACGUUCAGCUGCAGGAUGAGCGCUGGUACAGAGGUCUCGUACCUCUGGGAUUUUGGAGAUGGGACUCGAAGGCUGGGACGGGAAACCGAGCGCCACGUCUUCAACAGGACGGGUGAGUUUGUAGUAGAGGUGACGGCGUCCAACCUGGUGAGUUCUGCAUCGGUAACAGGACACGUCUUCAUCGUUCCUGAACCCUGUGAACCUCCACCUGUGAAGAACAUGGGACCCAAUAAAAUCCAGGUGUGGCGUUACCAGCCCGUGCACGUCGGCGUGACGUACGACGCUCAGAUCCGGUGCGACACCUCCAGAGGUCUCUGGUACAGCUGGACCCUUUACGGUCCGGAUGGACGGCGGGUGUCCAUCGCGCACGUCAAAACGGACCAGCAGCGUCUCGAACUGCCAGCGUUCCUGCUUCACUAUGGGACGUACAGAACUGUAGCCAAAGUUCAGAUCGUCGGCAGCGUCGUUUACAGCAACUUCUCCGUUCUGAUCGAGGUGAUGCCCAGCGCCCCUGUUAGCGUUAUCAGCGGGGGCACUAAUCUCUUCAUCGACCGCCGCAACAGUCACGCUAACAUCGUUCUGGAUGGACGAAGGUCUUAUGAUCCAGAUUUUCCUGAUAACAUCAUGAGUUACAGGUGGAAGUGUGGACCGGUGAACGCCGCCGAAACUUCCUGUUUCACCCAGCACAUCGCUGCGUCCUCCUCGGUGCUGACGUUUCCCGUCGGCUCUCUCAGACCAAACUGCGACCUGUUCAGACUCACGCUGACCGUCCACAGCGCUGAUCGAUCUUCCUCAUCUGAGAUCUUCAUCACUGUGAGAUCCAAACCCACCAGCAUCGUUCACGUCUCAUGCAAAGAGUGUCGGGGGAAUUCAGUGGGCUGGGACGAGCCCUUCUCCGUGGUGGCCGAGUGUCCAAACUGUACACAAAACAUCUCCUUCUCCUGGAAGCUGCAUUUAGUCAAUGCAUCAAGUAGAAGCGCUCCGGAAGUACCUUUUUGUAGCAGUUUGGACAUCAGUGUGCCCUCCAAAAUAGAGGACGGAACACCAGCUACUCCAUCUGCCAUGAUUUACACCGACCGGGGGAGACAGGAGCGGUCAGCAGGGCAGCAGGGAUCGUCGGAUCUGUCGGAUCUGUCGGACCUCCUGUUUGAAAGCGAUGGUUCCUCAGGUGGCGGAGAUGAGCUGGAUUCUCCUCCGUUACUCCAUCCGGGACCCACCGAGGGGGAGAAAAUCAUGCCAGAAUAUUACGACAUCCACUCACAUCAAGAUUAUGAAGAUUUUUAUUCCGGGAUUGAGGAAGCGGACACAGGAGAUCUAGUAGGUCGACCGACAGGACCCUACAGUGUGGACGAUGGGUUCCUUCAUGUAGGUGAAUUUGAGGGUGAUAACCUGGUGGGUCCUGGACAUGCUGGACAUGCUGGACAUGUGGUGUAUGAGAAAACCUUACUGGACCUACACAGAGAACUCGUCCCACCUGCAGUGUUCCGCUCUUAUACCUGUACAGGAACCUCCUCCUCUGAUAUCAUGUUUAAAUCCAGGACGCUCAAACCAAGACGUCUCUACAUGCUCGAGGUUUCUGCAAGUUUUGAUCAGGAUGUUCAGGGCAGAGCUCAGAUGUUCUUCUCCACGCGUCCGGCUCCGGAGGGGGUGGUGUGUCACGUUCAGCCCAGUUCAGGAUUAGAGAUUCACACCCACUUCAGCAUCUUCUGCACCUCCGGAAAAGAGGAUCUGUUAUUUAAAUACAGCUUUAGAGUCGGGAACUCCUCAGAUAGACUCCUCUACACGGGCCGAGAUUACCAGCGCUACUUCAAUCUUCCGUCUGGAGACCCUGACCACGAUUAUACAGUCACUGUUUACAUUGAGGUUCAGAACAGAUUUGGAUCUUCUACUCGCCCGUGUCCUGUUAACGUCACCGUCUGGCCCAGUUUCACAAAAACUCCGUCUUCUCAGUUCAGUCCGGAUCAGGAGCUGUUAGAGUACGGCGUUGGUAACCUAACCAACCUGAUACUCACCCAAAACAGCCGAGACAUCAUUAACUACCUCUCACUCCUGACCACCGCGCUGAACCGUCGGAGCUUCCACCCAGGAUCCAACGUCACGCUGCAGAUACACACCAGAGCAGCUCUCAUCCAAUCAGCCUGUCGAAUUAACACCACAGAGCAGGUGAUGUUUGAUAGUUCCAGACUACUAAUAAAACAUAUUCAGGACCUGUUCUCCCGUCGUGUGCUGGAUGUGUCGGAUCGUGGGAUGAUGACGGCGCUCAUGUCUGUGCUCUCAUACGUUCUGGAAGCUCCAACAACUUCAUCCAGGUUGGGGCCACAGCUAACACGUGACGUCCUUCACAUCACCGCAGAUUCAGUGCUGAUGUACAUGCAGUCCAGCGGAUCCUCUCACUACAGCGUAAACACCACGUUCAUGAAUCUGAAAGCCUGGCAGCAUUACGACCCCCCGGUUACAACAGAAACUGUAAAUACGACCACGUUUUACAUUCCUCGGAAAGAAAACGGAUCCUGUCUCAUCACUCAGCUCACAUCAUACAGACUGAACCCGUAUCACUGGUCCCCGACGUCUACACAGCUGAAUCGGGACGUUGCCGACAUUCGACUCUUUAACUGCAGCAGCAGAAAGGAAAUCAAAAUGAGACACUUAUCCACGCCGCUCAUCAUCGAGUUCCAGAAACACGAAGAGAAAAAGACUGAAGGUCUGGAGUUCAGUCUCUCCCGUCUGGAGGUGAACGUGCACCAGUUCAACGUCACUGCUGAGAUGCUAAAGAAGGCCGUGCAGAUUCGACUGGACUUCAGAAGGCCGUCAGGGCGAGCGUUUCCCGUCCUGCUGCUCUUCCGGAUGCACCAGAGACCAACACCUUCAUUAUACAACAAACAAAAACUAUUUCACUGGAAAGAAGCGACGGCUCAGAUCUUCCUCCCUCGUUCAUUUCUGAAGGAUUCCGUAGUUGCUUAUCUGAUGCUCCUGAGCGCUGACUAUGAUAAAACUCAGAAUAAUAAGUACAUCGCGGACGCGGUGAACUACACCCUGAACAUCGAGUCCACUCACUGUUUGGUUUGGGACGGGGUGAGAGAGUGGAAAUCUGACGGAUGUCGUGCGCUGCCAAGCUUUACCUCGACCAGAAUGAACUGCAGUUGUGAUCAGCUUUCCUCCUUCACCGUUUCACACCAGACGAUCAGAACCUCUCUGACCGUUUCAGAUGUCGCCCAGUUUACCAGCGUCCGUUCGAACCCGGCCGUGUGUGUGGUGAUGGCAGCAGUACUGGUUCUGUACGCCGUGCUGCUGGUGUUCUGUAGGCAUGUCGAUGUUCAGACGGAGAGGAACGUGGGUUUGUUCGUCCUGCCCGAUAACGAGCCUGCGGAUCAGUUCCUCUACGCUGUCACCAUGGACACCGGGCUCAGAUCGAGGGCCCGCAUGAGUGCCAGGGUUUAUUUGGUGCUUUAUGGAGAGCACGGAAUUUCUCAGACCAGAGAGCUCAGCCACCCCGACCACCAACUCUUCACCUGUAACUCCAGAAACACCUUCAUACUGAGUUCUGCUUUAAGUUUGGGUCGGAUACGGCAGGUCAACGUGUGGCAUGAUGGUGCAGGUUCGACUCCCAGCUGGUUCCUCGGUUCUAUAAGAGUGAAGGAUCUGGCCGAGGGUUCGAGCUGGAUGUUUCCGGCUCAGUGCUGGUUGGCGCUGGAUGAAGGAGAUGGGCGGGUGGAGAGAAAGCUGCUCGCUUUGGAACGACAACUGACCUUCAGAGAGUUGCUGUUUGCGAAUGUUACUGAAUGUUUGAAGGAUCUGCACCCCUGGUUUUCGGUGUACGCACGCCCAUCCUACAGCGCUCACACACACUCUCAGCGCCUGAGUGUGUGUCUGCUGGUUCUGCUGGUUUACAUGUGUGUGAAUGCGCUGCUCAUGUACAGACAGACAGAUCUGUACUGGUGUGAGUCUGGGCUGAUUGGUGUGUCACUGGUCUCGGUCAGGACGGGACUGUUUGCACUCACUCUGCUGCCUGUUGGGACGCUUGUGUCCUUUUUCUUUCGCAUCGGCCAGAAAACCAAAAACAGGAACCGUUCAGGAGACCAGUAUAAACUACGACUGCCUCCCGUCUCUGUACAAGCACUGUCUAAACGUACAGAUAGUGGCGAUGACCUCUCGUGGAGGACCAGCGUGUCGGAGCUGAAUCUGUCCUGGAGCUCAGUCUCACCCUGGAUGAAGAAAAGUGAGGUUUUGAAGACGUGUGAUCUGGAGUGUGUGUCCUGCAGCAAGCUGGCAGACAGUUCAACCCUGCACAAGUCCCCACACUCCAGCUCUCGUGUUGAAAUGAUUAAAGAAAUGAUCCUGAAUGAUGAGGACAAAUUACAGAGCAAAAGCUCAGAACGCAGAUGGUUUCACCUCCAGUCAAGUUCCAUUCCAGUAAAUGCUUCAGUGAAGAUUCCUCUCUCCUCCAGAAGCAGAACUCUGCAGAUGUGGUGCUAUUAUGGAACGUGGGCUGUCUGGCUGUGUUUAUGUCUGGCUUGUGUGAUCAUUACUGUGAUUCUCGGACUAAAGUUCAGCUGUACGAAGACUCUGCUGUGGAUUCAGUCAGUCUUCUUCUCUUUUGUCUUCUGUGCCUUCAUAGCUCAUCCAGCUCUGAUUCUUGUCUUUGCUUUCGUCGUGACUCUGCUGCAUGGAGAACGACCCUAUGCUUUCCAAAACUCAGAUGCUGAUCAGCCUGUUAUAGAGAUGAUAAGAAAUAGCAGGCAAAGCCCAGCUGAAAAUCAUUCAUCAUCCUGCUUAUAUCAUCACACCCAGGAGAUUAACAUGGACUUUGAGAAGGUACUGGAAGCCCGUCAGAGAGCUCGAUAUCUGCGACUCACCCGUCCACCGACUUCCACCCAGCUAAAGGGUCUGAGAAACCAAAUUAAAAAGUGGACGCUGCUUCACAAAACAAUGAGAGAGCUCACAUUUUGUGCUAUCGCCCUGACCACAGUCGGCUUUGUAACUUAUGAACAUUCUUCUACUGCUAAGUUUCAUCUCAAUCAUCUGCUCAGAACUCAGUUCACCAGGAGUGAGUCUGGUCAGAAACUGGGUGACUGGUGGAACUGGACAGCAAACACACUUCUGGACACAAUUGAUCUUUUUUCUCGUUAUUCUAAUGAAUUAAACAAUAAUGCAAAAGCAACCAGUGGGUCAUUCUACCUUAUUGGAGAACCAGUCAUCACAAAGAUGGAACAUGCAGACAACUUACCAUAUCCGUUUUCCAAAACGUUGGAUGUGAACUUUUCAUCCUGUUCCUCUGAACGUCCCUCUGAAGAUCCUGAACCCUGUCAGUUAGUGACUGAUUUUCCUGUUUCACAACAAUGUGGGAAACUUGACUGUUAUGAAGGAACAGGAAUUGGCCUCCAUUUAGGAAACAGCAGAUCUGCAGCAUCCAGGACACUGCUGAUGUUAUGGAGAUCAGGCUGGAUAAACAGAUCCACCCGAGCCGUGAUGAUCCGGUUUACUUUAUACAGUCCUGUUUAUAACUUUUACACUGCAGCCACCGUGCUGGGGGAGAAAUCACCCAUCGGAGUUCUUCUGACCUCAGUGUACAUACAGUCCACCACGAUUCACCACUUCACACACGCUUUUCAUUACUGUCUUACAGCAGGAGAGCUUUUCCUGCUCAUCUUUACCCUGUUUCAGCUCUACUUCCAAAUAUUUGUUAUCUCUCAGAUAGGAUCGCUUUACUUGAGCGACCCGUGGAACUGGCUAGAGGUCGUCACAGCGCUGAUCGGUUUCUCAUGUUUCGUGUGUUCUGUGCAUCAUUUCACACUGAGGACAGAAGUACUGGAUCAGCUGCAGAGAGAAGAGUUUAAGAUGUUCGUUGAUGUAAAUCCUGUCUCUUCAUUGGAACAGCUUAAUAAUUCACUUCGUGGCCUUCUGAUGUUUCUCCUGCUGAUGAAAUGCUGUUCCUUACUAUACCUGAAUGAAUUGAUGGCGACGGCUGGAUCUGUGACGGCUUUUAUUCUCUCCCACCUGCUUUGGUUACUGGUAGCUGGAGUGAUUCUUAAUCUUGCAUUCUCAUGUCUGGGAAACCUGCUCUUCAGUUCAGACUCUCCAGCCUCCAGCAGCUUUCCAAAAUCUCUUUAUUCAGUCAUUAUGCACGGCUUUGGUAUCAAAUCGCUCCAUGGGGUUGAUCACCAAAACCAGCCUGUUCUGCUUCUGUGUUUCUAUACAGCUUUACUCUGCCUGGUGUCUGCUGCAUUUAAAGCAACUGUAACCGGUGUACUCGUGUACAAGGAGAAAACAACAGCAAAACAGAAAAGAAAAAACCUGUACCUGUCUGUGUCUGAAAUUAGCAAUUAUAUUAAAGACGUGGCUUUGGCUCUGGUUGGCAAAGGAAGGAAGGAACGAGCUGUUAAUUACGCCAACACUAAUAAUUUUGUUCUGGAGGAGUUUGAGGAUCUUGUUGAUGAGCUCUUGGUGCGCCUCAGCGUCAUUUCCAGUAACGAGGAUCUUCUCGGAGUGGAACAGGACAUCUUCGAGAACCAGACAUCGUAUAACUACUGCUCAGAGAUUGCUGAGGUUAAUAAACUGGUGGACAUGGUGCCAAGCGACUGCCAGAACAUGUCUGGUGAACCUUUCGAUCCAUAUGAAAAAUCAAGGUCACCACUUGAAUGGCAGUACCGGCAGAGUUUUGGAUGGAGUGAAGGAACGAUUCCAGAUAAGGCCAAAAUGAUCUCACCCAAAAACUCUACAUCACCAGUGCAGAUAAUUAAGAACUUAAAAACAUCAUCUGGCAUAAAUCACACCAUCAGAGUUCAGAUAGAAAACACUGAGACACUAAAGUCAAAUAAAUCACAGCGUUUUCAUCUGACCGGCCAGGACAUGAAGUUUGAUAAAACAUCAGCAAGUCAUGCAUCUGAGAGAAUGGAACAUGGACAGUUCUGUACAUCUGCAGAGAAAUAUUCUGAAGAGGAAAUAAACAUACCAGGUCAAUGCUGUUAAGAUCAAGAAGCAAUAUGUCUACUCUUAAUAACUAAAUAAAUUGUUGGAUGUUUCAUUUAAAAAACAAACGCUAUUAAAACAGAA